GGAGUCAGUACAUCCGAAGAUGCUGCAUACGUUGCUCUUCCUCUUCUUCGUUCUGCUCGUCGUUUUCUUCAUUUACGACAGCAUCAAGCCGGAAUACUUUCCACCGGGACCAAGAUGGUUGCCUUUGGUGGGAUGCUUACCGAGAUUUUGGAUACUUAGAAAAAAGUGUGGUUAUAUUCACGAAGCCAUUAAAGAACUUUCCGAUAUUUAUGGGCCAGUCUUGGGUUUGAAACUGGGAAAACAAAAGUUGAUUGUUAUUUCGGGACAUGAUCUUGUCAAGAAAGUACUUCUUCAAGAGGAAUUUAAUGGACGACCUGAUGGCUUUUUCUUUAGGCUACGAGCAUUCGAAAAGAGAAGGGGUGUACUCUUUACUGACGGACCGGCUUGGUACGAAAUGCGAAAAUUCACUAUGAAGCAUUUUCGAAAUUUUGGACUCGGUCAGACAACUAUGAUAAAUCGAGUAACGGUGGAGGCGGAGAAUCUUGUGAAGGAACUUCAGAAACAAUGUAAAAACGGUCCUAUUCUUAUGCACAGAGUUUUUGAUGUCGCUAUCAUUAAUUCAUUAUGGAUAAUGUUUGCCGGACACGGAUUUGAGUACGGUGAUAAAAAAAUGAAGGAUAUUCUAGAUACAGUUCACACAGCUUUCAGGGUGAUGGACACCAUGGGUGGUCUCGUGUCCCAAAUGCCAUUUCUUCGUUUCCUGAUCCCGGAACUGUCUGGGUAUAACGAACUCGUGAGAAUUCACGAAAAAUUUUGGGCAUUUAUUGACGAGGAAAUCACAAAUCACGACAUGAAAUUGGACAUAAAUCUUCCUCAGGACCUAAUCGAUACUUUUCUGAUAGAGAUAUCACGGAAUAAAUCAGCCGAUAGCAUCUUUAACAGAGAAAAUUUGCUUAUCCUCUGCUUGGAUCUCUUUUUGGCUGGUUCCGAAACGACUAGCAAUACAUUAGCCUGGACGUUCAUUUGCUUGGCACUGUAUCCUGAGUGGAUUACAAGACUGCAAAAGGAUUUGGAAAAAGUCGUCGGUAGAAAUAGACCGCCGUGUAUGAGCGAUGCCCCUUCGUUACCAAGGAUAGAAGCUUUUUUGGCUGAAGUUCAGAGAUCACAUAUUCUCGCACCUUUUGGUAUUCCUCACAGGGCUACAAAGGAUGUUACACUGGGUGGUUAUAAAAUUCCUAAGGACACACUCGUUCUGCUGAGCUAUUACAGUGUUGCCAUGGACAAGGAUCACUGGGAGAAUCCCAAGGAGUUUCGUCCACAACGCUUUUUGGAUUCCAAUGGACAAUUCUCUCAGAAGAGUGCUGCCAUUCCAUUUGGUCAAGGCAAGAGACGAUGCUUGGGAGAAAUACUAGCUCGUUCAACGCUCUUCCUCUUUUUCACUUACGUCAUCCACUAUUUCGAUUUCGAAAUUUCUCCAGUUCACGGCACUCCGGAUCCCAACGGCUACGACGGUUUCUCUAUCUCGCCAAAACCUUAUUAUCUCAAGCUUUCCCUCAGAUCCGACUUAGAGAAUUAAAAAAACAAUCAUAUGGAAAGAGGUCGAAGUUCCCGAA